AUGUUUGAACAUACAGUCUCGCUUGGCUCUGCGGAGCAGUCGCUGCCGCAGUCUAUCAAGUAUCUGUUCCUCUCGGAUGCGGUGACGACGGUGGAUGUGUCGGGUCUCGGAGUGACUGACGCUGACUUGGCCUUUUUGGCAACCUACCUCUCCACAGAUGCGAUCGAGAUUGACUCGGACCCCGAGCCUGUGCUGCCGAUCGCGCCGCAAGACGCUAUUUCUAUUGUUAUGGAGCUGGACGUCUCAGCGUCGGCAUUCUCGGUGGCGGGACUGACCCUACUCGUCGAGGGCCUCUACACAAACUCGGUGCUCCGGACGCUGCUGCUGGAUGGCAACGAGAUUGACAACCGUGGGGCGCGUGCGCUCGGCGCACUUCUGGCCUCGCCGCACUCGGAUCUGCGGCGGUUGAGCCUUGUGGACAACGCCAUUGGUGACAAGGGCGCGAGGCAUCUUGUGCGUGCGCUGGCACACCCAGCCCGAGACACCGGCGCCAUGGGCAAGGCGCCAUCGCUUGUGCAGCUUGACAUGGCGUACAACACGACUUCGCCUGCGCCAUGGGCUGAGCUCCUCCAGUCGCGGACGUGCGAGGUCGAGGUGCUCAACCUCGCGUACAACUCACGGUUCACGGCCAAGGCCUCGGUCCCGCUCUUCCACGCGCUCGCCCAGUUCAACACCUCGCUCGUUGCGCUGGUGCUCGAGGGCAACACGCUCGGUAGCGAGGGCGGAACUGCGCUGGCGCGGGCACUUGCACUCAACGGCACGCUCACCGAGCUCAACGUCAACAAGACUGGGCUGACCGACGGGGCGCUGGCGGAAAUCGGUAGUGCGCUUGCGAGGAACCCUUCUCUGGUCAUUCUUCAGGCAGCAGGCAAUGAGCUUGGCUCUGGCCCUGCGGCCGACAAGGCGGCGCCUGGGACUGUCGGUCUGAGGGCGCUCGGGCGGGCAGUGGCACACAACACGACUCUCCGGGUGCUCAACAUAGCCAACAACGCCAUCAAGGCCGGGUGUGGCGCCAGCGCGCUCUUUGCACCGCUGGCCGCCAACGCGUCGCUCGAGGUCCUCGAUGCCCGUGGCAACGAGCUUGGGCUGGAGGGCCUCUCAGCGCUAGUCGCUGGCGUCCAGGGCAACCUCUCGCUGACCGAAGUCAAUGGUCUUGCACCCGACGCAUUUGUGGCAUCUGCUGGGCGCGCACUCAAUGCCACGCAUCUGGGCUCGAGCUCGAGCUCGGCGCUCUCGUCGGUGCCCGGAAGCUCCGAGUCGGUCUCGACACCGACGGCGUCGCUGUCGGGUGGAUCGCGGCGCAAAAGCGAUGCUGGCUCGUACCGAGUCUCGCUCGACGCGCUCGGAUCGUCGCUUGGGGGAUCGGGCGAGGACGAUUCGGGCGAGGGCACGACCGAGACUCAGGAGCUGCGGUCGCACGGGGUCCGGUACGUGGUCGACAUGGAGUACGUUUACCCGCCGCUGGACAUUGCGUGCAACGCGUUUACGCUCUGGGACGACGGCGUGGUUUCGCUCUCGGACCCGACAGCGACGCUGCUGGAUCUUGCGGCUGGGCUGGGCGAUGUUGAGCUUGCGACCGCACUACUUGCGACACAUUACGUGUCGGGUGCGUCUGUGGAGGACUUUGUGCUCAAGCGGGCGCUGUUGUUUGGGGUGCAGCGACCGGCUGUGCCGCUAGAGAUGCUGGCGCUGCUCCUUCGUGGGUGCCUCGCUCGCGGAGUGGCGGUGCGGUAUGACGUGGCGGCGAUGGCGGCGCUGCGGGCCGGUAAUCGGGCGGCGCUCAAGCUCCUGAACGGAGUGGCUGGCGCGUCGCCGCUGUACUGGCUGACGCCGCUGCCGCGGUCGUUGGCAGUUGCGCCGUCGCGGCCGCUGCGGGACUACUUUGCGGCGGCCGGCGAGGCGCUGAGCUCGGUCCUUGUGGCGCAUGGGGUCAACGCGCGGCGGCGACGGCUGACACUGCCGGCGCCGGACGUGCUGGAUGCGAUGGUGCGGGCACUGCCGCCGCAUGAGGGCGGGGUGCCGCAGGGCGUGUUUUGGCUCUCACGGACGCUGCACUCGGAUCCGUAUCUCCGCAACGGGCUGGAGCUCCUAGCGUCUGCGCUGACGGUGAGCACGCGGCCGAUUCUCCUUGCGCUACUCCAUGCGGCGCGGCCGGGCUCGCGGCUGCCCGUCUUUCGCGAGCAGCUGAGCGCGGCGUACCAGUUUGUGGACUCAAUAUCCGAGUUUGGGCACGGGUUCUACGGCUCGCUCCUCCACGAGAUCGGGACGGCCGGCAAUGCGCUUGCAGCCGAGGUGCUCCUUAACUCGCUGCUGGGCGCCGAGGCGCCCGAGUCUAUGCAGGGCGGGCUGUAUGCGGAGGACGCGCGCGGGCUAACACCGCUCGAGUGCGUGGUGCGCGGGCGCGGCGACGCACUGCGGUUUGCGCACGGAACGCCGUGGGCCGAGCACAUCCGGCGCGAGUACGCGAGCGUCGAGGUGGCCUUCCGCGGGAGCAUGGACCGAGAGGAGGAGCGCGAGUACUCGCGCGAACGCAACCGGAUCUGGGCGGUGCGAUAUGCGGGGCUCUGGGCCGGGGCGGUGGCUGCGGCUGUGGCGUCGGUGGUCGUUCUGCCUGCGGCGGUGCUGGGCUCUGUUGUGCGGCGGGGCGAGCCGCUGGCGCUGGUCUCGGACAUGGCAGACGAAAGGCUCGGUGGGACGCGGCUGUCGUUUAUUCCAGGCGAGGCCCAUCUUGUGCCUGGCGGUGCGACGAGCAGCGAUGUGUCUGCAGUGCUGGGGAGCGAGAGCGAGGAGCAGGAGGCGCGCGAGACGUCCGGCUCCGUCUCGACCUUUGACAUUUUGCACUACUCUACGUCGUCGCUGCUCUCACGGGUAGGCUCGUGGCAGUCUGACGGGUCGACGACCGACGGUGAGCUUGUGCUGCAGGGCUACUCGGAAGGCUCUGUGCAGGCGCCGCGCGACUUGCUUGUGGCCAAUAGCCGCGGCGACCGGCUGUCGAACGCAGUGCGGACCGAGUUUGCGCGAAGCUCCGGCUCGUGCACCUCGUGCUCGUCGAUUUCGUGGCACGCUUCGCCGACGUGGCUCCACGCAUGGCUCCUGGUUGUGGGCGUGGGGCUGGCGGUCCUCGUCUCUGCACGCGGGUGGGGCGAGACGGAGGGAGUACGGAUGGCAGCGGUGCUGGGCGGAUGGGCGUGCGCAGGCGUACUUGUGGUGACGCAGUACGCCGCGUUUGUGGCGUGGUCGCCGCGGGCGUUUGUGGUGCCGCUGCCAAAGGACGUGGCGUGGCGGAGCUCGUUUGCCAACGCUGUGGCGCUGAGUGCACGGACUGCGGAGCUUGUGCAGCUUGCUGGCCUUGCGCUGCUGGUGCAUCCGCCGAGCUGGGGUGCCGGAGCCGGGCUCCACCAGGUGCUGGAGAGCAUUUCAGGCGGUUCUGCGCGGCCACGCGGGACCGGGCUCGUGCUGCUGCUGACCGGGCUUGGGGUGUGGUGGCUGCUCGGGGUCGGCUUUGUACUGUUCAGCGUGGCCGUUCUGGGCGCGCGCGGUGCGCGGUCGCCGCUCUCGUGGCGGGCGUUCUCGUGGCGGCGGAGCUGGCUUUGGCUCGGACCGCGGCUUGUGGGCGUCGUUCCGCUGCUUGCGUCGUUUGUGGCGCCUGCGGCAGUACAGGGCGGGCUUGUGCCACUGCUCCGACUGUGCGCGCUCGGCGCCGACUGGGAGGUCGACGGUCGGGUGAGCGCGACGGUGCUUCUAGCGGCGGGCGUCCUGCUUGCGCUUUCUGCGUCGAGCGUUGGCCUGUAUCUGCGAAUGGCGGCACCGCCGACGCUUACCGAGCGGCUCGUUCCGCACGUGAUAGUCGUUGAGGUGGUGGGCAAGCUUGCCGGGGUGUUGGCACUGACGUACGCGCCGGCAGGCACAGCCUGGGCGCCGGGAGUGAUGCUCGCGGUUGCGGGGUGCGGAGUGGUUGCGCACAGUGUGUCGCAGGCUGCGGUGCAACUGACGGCGCGAAUGCGGUGGCUCUCGGUGGUCGGGUACGGGUGUGUUUGCUGGGCGGCGCUCGUCUCGCUUCUGGGCGCCGCUGGCGCUGUCGACGUCUCGACACAGCUCUUUGGCCUUGUUCUCGUGGGCGGAUGGGCGGCGUGCGGGCUCGGGCUUGUGGUUCUGGUCUGCGGCCGGAUAGUGCGCGGAUUGUGGCGGCGGCGGCGGGCCCGGCGACAUGAUCGCGCGUCGCGCGGGAUGACGCGCAAGCCGCGCGGACCGGGCGAGUCGUCGUACUCGGACCGGUAUGAUCGGACGUCAUCUGGCUGGUACUCGGUCAACGAUCGUGCGAGCAGCAGCAGCAGCCGGGAGUGCAGCAGUGCAAGCUACACCGCGUAGAAGAGUGAACGAG